CUCUCUCUCUCUCUGAGCGUUGUUUUUCAUCUUCAUCUCUCACUGCAGCAAAACCCUAGCUGCUCAUCUCUGUAUCGAAACCAGAGAAAAGAUCCGGCGAAGAUGUCAGGUGGUUUGGAUAUGUCACUCGAUGACAUCAUCAAAUCUAAUCGGAAACCUACUGGAUCUCGUGGCCGAGGAGGCGUUGGUGGUAAUAGUACCGGUGGUCGCGGAGGAUUCGGCGGUUCCGGUUCCGGUCCAUCUCGUCGGUUUGCUAACCGCGUAGGAAACAGAACGGCGCCGUAUUCAAGGCCGGUGCAACUACAAGCUCAAGACGCGAUGUGGCAAAACGAUGUUUUCGCGACGGAUGCGAGUGUUGCUGCGGCUUUUGGGCAUCAACCGGCUGCUGUUGUUGGUGGCUCCUCAAUCGAGACUGGAACUAAGCUCUACAUUUCCAACUUAGACUAUGGUGUCUCCAAUGAGGAUAUCAAGGAGCUUUUUUCAGAGGUUGGUGACCUUAAGCGAUAUGGGAUUCACUAUGAUAGGAGUGGAAGAUCGAAGGGUACUGCUGAAGUUGUUUUCUCUAGGCGUGGUGAUGGCUUGGCAGCUGUCAAGCGUUACAACAAUGUUCAAUUGGAUGGAAAACUGAUGAAGAUAGAGAUUGUUGGAACUAAUAUUCCAGCUCCAACUCUUCCAAUGCUCGCUCCAGCUCAGAUUCCUUUUCCUACAAACGGAAUACUUGGGAACUUCAAUGAGAACUUUAAUGGCAAUUUCAAUGGGAACUUCAAUGGAAACUUCAGAGGCAGAGGGAGAGGCGGUUUUAUGGGACGGCCUCGUGGUGGUUUUGGCGGUGGUAAUUUCAGAGGUGGUAGGGGAGCUAGAGGACGUGGUGGUCGUGGCAGUGGAAAAGGACGUGAUGAAAAUGUAUCUGCAGAGGAUCUUGAUGCUGAGUUGGACAAGUACCACAAAGAGGCAAUGGAAACAAAUUAGAAAAGGGGAGAACAAAAUCUAUAGCAUGUCUACAUGUAUUCCUUCAUUUAGUGCACGAUAUGCUUUUGUAUUAGUAUGAUGUUUAGAUUGAGGUCAAUGGGUCUGACACCAUUGAUAUUGGGGUUUAGCUAUUUCUUUCUAUUCUCUUUGUGAGCUUUUUAGCUUUUGCAGUUGAGUUCAGAGAAACAGCAUUGUGUGUACCGUGGAACUCAAACUCUUCUAAAGUGUUUCUUCGAAACAAAUUCCAUCUA